CAACAGAAAAGAGUCUGCUUUAGUGGCGGCCUUUUCUUUAGUAUUUUUUUUUCUCUCUCUCUCUUUCUUCUCUCUGGCUGCAAAGACUCUCCAUCCAGGACGGUUACACCAAUCGAUCACCAUAACUGUUCUUUGAUUCCUUUCUAUCUCGCCUAAACCCUUUCUUUUUAUAUCAAAAUUUACCAUAAUAAUAUGUUUUUCAAUUCUUUUUUCAUUUCUCUAUUAGCAUUACUUUAUUCAAUUGCUUGCGCCAACUAAUAAGAAGCUUGAGGAAGAGAGCAACAAUUACACCUUCGACCAAGCAACAACUAUAAGCCAAGAUUGUAGGUGGAUUGUGGAAUUUAAUUGAACAAGUUGGAGGUGGUUUCGCAGUUUUGAUCCCAUGAAUAAGUUGUGCUGUUUUGGUGGUUCCCAGCAUGUAGGAGGACGUUCAUCAUCAAGCUCUGGUAAGGGAAAAAGCCAUGAGGGUUCAGUCAACUAUGGUUUCAGCCUAAUAAAAGGGAAAGCUAAUCAUCCCAUGGAGGAUUAUCACGUUGCUAAGUUUGUGCAGAUUCAAGAACAUGAAUUGGGGCUUUUUGCUAUUUAUGAUGGCCAUUUGGGAGAUGGUGUGCCUGCAUACCUACAGAAGCAUUUGUUUUCCAAUAUCCUGAAUGAGGAAGAGUUCUGGGUUGACCUCAACAGAUCUAUCUCAAAAGCCUAUGAGAGGACUGACCAGGCAAUUCUUUCUCAUGAUUCUGACUUGGGGCGAGGUGGGUCCACAGCUGUUACUGCAAUUUUGAUAAAUGGUCAAAGAUUAUGGGUAGCUAAUGUUGGUGAUUCUAGAGCUGUACUUUCAAGAGGGGGUCAGGCAAUUCAAAUGAGUACAGACCAUGAACCUAACACUGAACGAGGAAGCAUAGAGCACAGGGGUGGCUUUGUCUCAAACAUGCCAGGAGAUGUCCCUAGAGUUAAUGGGCAGCUGGCAGUUUCUCGUGCUUUUGGAGACAGGAACCUUAAAUCACAUCUGCGAUCAGACCCUGACAUACAAGACACCAUUAUAGAUAACAAUGUAGAUAUCUUAAUCCUUGCAAGUGAUGGCCUUUGGAAGGUGGUGUCAAAUCAAGAGGCUGUUGAUAUCGCAAGAAAGAUUAAAGAUCCAUUAAAAGCAGCUAAGCAGUUAACAGCUGAGGCAGUGAGAAGGGACAGUAAAGAUGAUAUAUCUUGUGUUGUUGUUAGGUUUAGGAGGUGACGCCUAUUGAAAACUAUCGUUAUCCUGGUGUCGCGUAUAUACCUAUUAUAGAAGUUCCUUCACACGGGUUGCCAAUUUGUGGAUUAGACAAACGACGAAUACAUACUUGGUUGGGUAACCAUAAGGUUCUGCAAUAGGUUGUAACGUGGCAAACGAAGGGAAAGACAGAAGACUCCCCAACACCCCAGCCUUUGUAAAUUUAUUUUAUUGAUUAGGUUCUGGUGUUUGAAAUUGUUUGAUUGCUUUAUGAAAUUGAAUUAGAAAUCUUGUGUACAUUGUCUUAUAAUCAGCACAGAAGAUUAUAUCUCUCUUUCUUUGUUAAUUUUUUUUAAUGAAGAUUAUGGUUUUGAUUGUGCU